ACUCAUGGUUUUAUUGUGAUCUAGAAUACAAUAAGUAAUUAAUUUACAAUUUAGACAAUUACAUUGAAUCUAUUCUGCCUAUAUAUAACUUUAAUGAACACAUUCGUAUUACUUCACGAUAUAAUAAGAUAUCAAAAAACUGGCACGAUAACGUGCUGAUAUGAUAUAAUCGUAAAACCUUGAUCGUAUUACCAUUCAUAUAGCCUCAAUUUUGUCAAACAAAUAUUAUUUUUUAUUAAUAUCAACAAUCGGUAAAGAAACAUCGAAAGAUACAGUAUCAUUUUUAAAAUAAUACAAUAACCCCAGUAAAUAAGAUACAUCUAAAAAUAUAUAAUAUUAAUCUAUUAAUAACAGAAAUAAAACAAAAAUCUUCAAAUUAAUACGAACUCUACUUUAUCGACAAUACAAUAGCCGACGAAAGUUACAAAGUUUCUCAGAAGGUCGCGCAAAUGACAACAACGUAAAACUAUAUACAACAGAUACGAUCUGUAAAAAAUCACAGUUUCGAUGGUAGUAACGUAAGACGUACUAUUAUAGCAUUUCUCACUCAUCGUGACGCUGCGAACAUUGUGGCGUGAGUUAGGAAUUCGAAUCGAUUGAACUUUGUACAAAUAGUUAGGUAGCAGUGAACGUGUAUCGUAUGAUUCAUACUUUCUGUGGAAUAAGAAGAAUACAGUGCCAAUCAAUUUUUUUUAUUCUACAAUACAGGAGCCGAAUUAGUGAUCGCUCUAAUUAUUAUUUACAACAAUUAAGAUUGUAACCUCUGACGAACGGAAGAAGUUUUAGAGAAGAGUAAAUAAGAGUUGUUGUGCGAUCGCUCUUUAUAUCUUUCGUUUUUUCUGUCCUGUUUUUUGAUAUACUUUCCUUUUUUCUCUUUUUCUCUUACCAUACGUUCUUUUUUUCUGUUUUUUCUCAUUUCAUAUAUUGUCUUGUUUCCUUCACUCUCAAUUCUGCCCUUUCACUGGCAGUUUUGAUAUAACGGAUCCAUUCAACGAAAAAAAAGUGAAACAACACUAAAGUCGAGCCGUGAAAAACGCUCGACGAUCAAAGCUCAAAGGAAUGGUACCAAAAUGGUCGUGGAUCGUCUUUAAUCUCUUUAUAUACGCUAUAGCUACAUCAUAUGAUGAUAAUGCCAAAGCUAUCAUAGAAUUUACGGAACUCGGUUACGAAGAUAUUUGUUAUGAUGCUGCUAUUGCUGAGUGGUUAUUCAUCAAUUCAUCGUUAUUAGAUCAGACAACGUAUACGACAUGGGAAGAAAAACAAAUAGAAUAUGGAAACUACAAAAAAAUUCAAAGAGAAGAAAUUCACAAUAUUUCCAAAAUAAUUCUAAGCGAUUCCUUACUUGCAUAUAAGUACAAUGUUAUUGAAAAACCAGGUGAUGCUUUACUGGAUGAAAAAGAUUUCAAAAAGCUGGUGCACUUUGCUAAUAGUGCUGAAGUUUUACGAUUAUCGGUUAAGAAUAUUAACAAAACAAAUAAUUAUUUGCGUGAAGACUUUGAACGAUUAUUGUCGCAUAAUGGACAUGAGAAUGAUAAACUUAAUGUUUGGAAAUCUUGGUAUCAAGAAUUAAAUCCACUUGUUAAAAAUUUCUCUUACAUUCUCUCGCUCAUUGAGAAAGCUGCUAAAGCAAAUGAUGUCGAUAAUGUAAAAGAAUAUUGGGAAAUGUUAUCAGUAUAUCCAAAUGGUUAUGAAGACAUCAAAACUCAGUGGAAUAGAAUUUCAAGUCUUCAUAAAAUCAUAUUAGAAUUUGCUCGGACUCAUUUAUCCCACAAAUAUGGAAUUAAUUUAACAGAAACUAUCCCAGCUCAUUUACUUGGAUCACUACAAGGACAUGAAUGGAGUACUUUUUCCAUAGAUAUGCCACCAUAUUCGGAAAUAACAUAUAAUAUAAGAAAGAAUCUGUGGAAAAAGAAACUCUUUGGAAAAUCUCUAUAUAAAGCAGCAUCUAAUAUGGGCACUAUAUUAUUAGGUCAAGUACCACAAUCUAAUUUUUGGAUUAAAAGUCAAUUUCAUUGCCAUUGCCCGCCUAAGCUAAUAAAUUUUUGUAAAGAUGGAAUUACACGAAUAUCCACUUGUUUUGAACCAACUAUUGCAAAUUUUCUCUUAGCCCAUAAAAAUAUCGGAAAAAUCCUAUUUCAACAAAUAUCUGUUCAAAACACUCCAAUUCUCAACAUAGCUAAUAGAUAUUCUGUUUUAGAAGAAGCUUUAUCUGAAUUAUUUGGAAUUUUAUCCGUUAGUCCGGUAUGGUUACAACGUAAUCACUUGAUUUAUAAUAUAAGCGAUACAGAUCAAAAAAUUGUUUCCUUGAUGAUUACUGCAUUAGAUGUAUUGCCACGGUUAGCAUACUAUAUAUCUGCAGAUAUAUGGAGAAUUAAUGCUAUAGAAAAUAAUAUUACAGACUCAACAGAAUUGAUAAAAUCUUGGUGGAAACAUAAGUUAGAAUUUGAAGGAAUUAGUGAACCUGAAUCUAUGAAUACACCAACAUUUUUAAAUGAUGAAUAUAUUACAAAUAAUAAGCCAUAUCUUUCUAAAUUUGCUGGAAUACUUCUUGCAUUUCAAAUUUAUGAACAUAUUAUGGAAUCUACUGAAGUUAGAUAUGAUAUUAGUACAAAAAAAAUAAAUUCAAAUUUAAUAAAACUAAUUCAACAAGGAUCAGCAGAAAAUUGGAUAGAUGCAUUGAGCAAAUUGUUUGAAAUAGAUGAUAUAUCAAUAUAUGCCCUUACAUCUUUUUUCUCACCAUUAGAAAGUUUUAUUGAGGAACUAAAUGAAGAAGAAAUUGAUCAUAAUUUUGAAUCUAAUGGUGAUGUUGAGCUCGAAGAAGUAGAACGAAUGAUUAUUAAAGAAAUGAAUGCUCCAACCACAACACCAACUACAACUACAACGACAAAAAAAAUUCGAACUACAUUAUCAACAACACCAAAAUAUGCGCAGAAAAGAUUUAAUGAUUCUGCAAAAUUUCUGAAACCUAUAGAAUUUGACUUAUCUUCUAAUAUCCAAGCUGAUAAACCAAAAAGUGAUACAGAUUCUGAAACUAAACAAACAACUGUAAAUCCGUAUGAGCAAUCAUUUGACUUCAAUAACUUAGAAAAUGAAGAUGAAAAGAAACCAAAGAUGCAUACCAGUAAAGCAGUAUGGGCCGUUGCUGCAGUUCUCAUUGCAACAGUAACUAUAUGUAUUAUUGCAAUAUUUGGUAGACAAAGAUGUCGUAAAACAUCUAAAAAUAGGCGCUAUGUAUAAUAUUACUAUUAACAAUAUGGCAAAAUAUUUAUUUUUUCGCAUGUAAGUAUCUUUUGAUUCAUGUAAGUUAUUAUCACAAACAAAAUCUAUUCAGAAAUAGAUUAAUUUUUUACUUACAAUCUUUCAUACAAAUACGCACAUUCCCUAAUUCUUUUUUUUUUGCCUCAAGAAAAGAUUUAAAAAAUUUAACAUCUCAAUUUUAUAAUUUAUAAAAAGUAAUUGUAAUUACAUGAAAAAAUAAAUUUAUAUAUUCAUAAAUAUAUACUUUUGGUGGUAAAAAUCUGGAAUUCUUAGUAAGACACUUCCAUUUAUAUGCUGUGCAUAUAAAUAGAAAUAAAAGAUGAAUUUCAAAUAAAUUAGACAUAAUUCAUCCAUUAUGUAAAAGAAACUAAUUAAAACCAACAGGGUAUUUAUGCUAAAAAACAAAGAGUUAAUUUAUAACUUUAAGUUAUAUCAUAUAUCUAUUCUCUUAUAAUAUAGUCUUAUAAUUAUAGCUUGAUGUUAAAACUAUAAUUUAAGUAUAAAUCUUAUAAUUUAUUUAUUAUAUAAUUUUUCCAUUUCCAUUUUUAUUGUAAUUAAUAAUUAAGAAAGUAUAAUCGUA